GCGGCGCGCGCUGCCGGCGCGGCUCCCAAGAUGGCGGCGGGUGCGUGAGCGGGGCGGUCGGGGAGGCCCGGCGGGAGCGCGGCCGCCGCCGCCAUGAAGGGCAAGGAGCGCUCGCCCGCCAAGGCCAAGCGCUCCCGGGGCGGCGAGGACUCGGCGUCCUCCUCCUCCUCCUCGCGAGGCAGCAAGAAGCCGAGCGGCUCGUCCGGCGGAGGCGGCGGCUCCAACGGCGGGAAAGCGGCGGCGGCGUCCGGCGAGAGCAACAGCGGGAGCGGCCGGCGCGGCGCCCACGCGGACAAGGGCGGCCGCGCCGGCAGCCGCGAGUACGAGGCCGGUUCGGCGGCGGCCGCGGGCGGCGGGAGCCGGCACGGCUACGGCGGUAAAACCGCGGAGGCGUCGCGGAGCAGCAGCAGCCGCGGCGGCGAAUCGCGGGCGGCCGCCGCCUCCUCCUCCUCCUCCUCGUCGGAGCCGGGCGGUGGCGAGUACAAGACGCUGAAGAUCAGCGAGCUGGGCUCGGCGCUGAGCGACGAGGCCGUGGAGGACGGGCUUUUCCACGAGUUCAAGCGCUUCGGGGACGUGAGCGUCAAGAUCAGCCGGCUCCCGCCCGGCGCCGGCGCCGCCGACGAGCGCGUGGCCUUCGUCAACUUCCGGCGGCCCGAGGACGCGCGCGCCGCCAAGCACGCGCGCGGCCGCCUCGUGCUCUACGACCGCCCGCUCAAGAUCGAGGCCGUCUAUGUCGGCGGGGGCAGCGGCCGCCGGCGCAGCAGCCGCUCCCCGGCGCUGCUGGACAAGGAGUCUCCCUACGGCGCGGCGGCGGUCGGGGCGGUGGCGGCGGCCGUGCGGCACCCGCCGGCCGGGGCCGCGCAGCGGGCGCUGUCCCCCGCGGGCAGCGGCGGAGCUUUGGGAUACCGGGACUACCGGCUGCAGCAGCUCGCCCUGGGCCGGCUCCCGCCGCCGCCGCCGCUGCCGAGGGAGCUGGAGAGGGAGCGGGACUACGGCGGCUUCUACGAGGCGCGGGUGCGGCCGGCCUACGGGCUGGAGCGCGUGGCCGGCGUGGCGGCGGCCGGGGGGUUCCGUGGAGGAGGAGGAGGAGGCGCCGGAGCGGCCGGAGAGGAGGAGAUCAGCCCCGAGGAUGACCAGAGAGCCAACCGCACGCUGUUCCUGGGCAACCUGGACAUCACCGUGAGCGAGUCGGACUUGCGGCGAGCGUUCGACCGUUUUGGGGUCAUCACCGAGGUGGACAUCAAGAGGCCGGGGCGUGGGCAGACCAGCACCUAUGGGUUUCUUAAGUUUGAGAAUCUGGACAUGGCGCACCGGGCCAAGUUGGCCAUGUCGGGGAAGGUGCUGCUGCGCAACCCCAUCAAGAUCGGGUACGGGAAAGCCACCCCGACCACCCGGCUCUGGGUGGGUGGCCUGGGGCCCUGGGUGCCCCUGGCCGCCCUGGCCAGGGAGUUUGAUCGGUUUGGCACCAUCCGCACGAUCGAUUACCGCAAAGGGGAUUCCUGGGCCUAUAUCCAGUACGAGAGCCUGGACGCGGCGCAGGCAGCCUGCACCCACAUGCGGGGGUUCCCCCUGGGGGGGCCGGAUCGCCGGCUCCGCGUAGACUUUGCCGACACGGAGCAUCGGUACCAGCAGCCCUACCUGCAGCCCCUGCCCUUGCCGCCCCCGGCUCAUUACGAGCUUGUGGCGGAGGCGGCUGCUUUUGGGGCUCACCGGGGAGCACCCCCUGACCCCCUCCGGGGGGCCCGGGACAGGACGCCACCGUUGCUCUAUAGAGACCGUGACAGAGACCUUUAUCCCGAGACAGAGUGGGUGCCCCCGCCGCCCCCUGUGCGGGACCGGAGUAAUCGGGCAGCUGCCUAUGACCCACUGGAGAGCCUGGAGCGCCGCCGGGACGGGUGGUCCUUGGAGCGGGACCGCGGGGAGAGGGAGCUGGGCAGUAGCAGUAGGGAUCAGCCUAGGAAACGGAGACUGGCGGAGGAUGGAGGCCGGCACUUGGACCGUUCCCCCGACAGCGAGCGCUCCUCUUCCUCCCGAAAGCGCCACUGCUUGGCCACAACCUCUCCCCCGGACCGCAGCCCCGAGCUCCUCGGAGGCCGGGAGCGUUACAGUAGUGACCCCGAGCGCUCAUCCCGCUUGCUCCUCUUGGAGCGGCCUUCCCCCAUCCGGGAGUCCCGCCGGGGCAGCCUGGAGCGGGGGCAGAACGAAAAGCGAGACCGCAAGAAUUCCGCGGAGCGGGAGCGCAAGCAUCGCGCCGCCGCCGCCGCCCAGGAGUGCAAAAGCCCGGCCAAAAAGGACGAGCGGGCGGCGGAGGGAGGUGGCGGAGGCUCCCGGCUCAAACCUCCUCCCCAGAAACAGCAGCAGGACGGAGCAGCGCAGGCCGGGGCAGCGCCCAAGCUGUGCCUGGCUUGGCAGGGCAUGCUCCUGCUGAAGAACAGCAACUUCCCGUCCAACAUGCACCUGCUCCAGGGGGACCUCGGAGUCGCCAGCAGCCUCCUCGUGGAGGGAGCGACUGGGGGGAAAGUGGCUCAGCUCAAGAUCACCCAGCGUCUCCGUCUGGACCAGCCCAAGUUGGACGAGGUGAACCGGCGCAUCAAGGUGGCGGGUCCCAACGGAUACGCCAUCCUUCUGGCCGUGCCCGGCGCCUCAGACAACCGCUCCGCAGCCGGAGCUGCCGAGGCCGCCACCACCUCCACGCAGAGGCCGCUCAGGAAUCUGGUGUCCUACCUAAAGCAAAAGCAGGCUGCUGGGGUGAUCAGCCUCCCUGUGGGGGGGAACAAAGACAAGGAGAACAGCGGGGUCCUGCACGCCUUUCCGCCCUGCGAUUUCUCCCAGCAGUUCCUGGACUCCACGGCCAAGGCGUUGGCCAAAUCAGAGGACGACUAUCUGGUCAUGAUCAUUGUCCGUGGGGCAUCCUAAGGCCCUCCUGUUCUGUUCCCAACCCUACCUACUCCUCCAUGCAGCCCCUCCAGCGUGUGCCAGCAAGUCCCAAGAGCUCGUUCUCGAGAGAGCUCCAAACAGAACAGACCAGAUUUAAAGCACUCAGUGGAAAUGGAAAACCACACUUUAAUAACAGACUGGUGUCAGCCCCUCUUUUGAGUCCUUGAAAUUCCGUGUUGGCCCCAGGCCAGCGGCCCUUUGGCCCGCGGGAUCCCUUCCCUCGGGAGCCGCAGUGGUUUCCCCGUUGAGUCGCGUGGCUCAAGGUCGACGUUUUCCAGGUGAGCAGCAGCUGCUCUCGGGUACACAGCAGAACACUGAAUUCCUUUUUGGAAAGGGGUUCCUUUUUCAUCCAGCCCCCCAGGUGCAUGCACUGAAACUGGGCUUUUUAACAGGUGUAUUUCCCUGAUUUCCCGCUGUAUCCCAUAUGUGCACUUUGGGUUUGUAGCAGUGACGAGGUUUGGUGAAGAGCUGAGGACUUUGUUGCAAACCAGGAAUGUCUUGUGCUCACUCUGGUGUGCAGGAAACAAGGAGGUGCUUUAAGGAGAACUUGAGUUAUAUUGUGGGGUUUUGGUUUUACUGCCUUUUUUGUUUUGUUUUGUUUUUUGGGUUUUUUUCCCAAGAGUUGCAGGUUCAGUGGGGUCUGGUUCCACAGUGCAAACUGAGCAAGGAAGUGCUUCUCUCCAGAGAUGCUUUUCAUUCUGUGAUAAUUUAAUUACAUAAAAGUUCUCAUUAACAUUUUACCUCUUUGUUAAUAGCAAGGAGCUGCUGUCUGCUAGGGACUUUUCAGGUACAGUGUGCAGUGGGCAUUACAUGAGGUUUAUCACGGGCACCUGGAGUAAAGUGGUUUUAGCAUCUUGGAGAAAUACUAAAAAUCCUCCAAGACACCGAGGUUUGAGCUCUUGUUCUUGUGAUUCAAAGAUGAAACGGUUUUGCAGGUUGUUUGUUUUUUGGUUUGUUUUUUUUCAAAGAACAUAGUUAAUUUUUUCUUAUUUUUCCCCAAUUAUUGGGCACUUUUCUCCAGCUGUCUUAGCCACCUUGGUAAUCCAGGCAUUUAGGAGGCAAGAAGGGAUCUCAAUCCCUGAUGGGAUCUAAUUCCAUGAUACUCUGUUUACCAACAAAAAGGAUGUUGCAGCAGCUUCUAAAACUGAAGUGUAAAUCUCACUGUAUCUCUUUACAGGCCCCAAAAUUGUAAUCUUGCACUUAAACCCAGAAUGUAAUCUUGCACUUAGCCACGUUUUCAGGGAUUUGGGCAACGGAGAAGAGACGCUGCCUCACUAGGUCCAUGCUCCAAUAGAUUCCGUGGAUAAUUGAUACAGGCAUGGGUUGAUUUCUGUUACAACUUGCAUGGCAAAAAUCAAAUUCAAGGUGUGAAAUAGGAUGCAAAUAGGAGAUGAAGGAGGAAAUGUUUUGAAUGUAUUUCAUGGGUGUAACUGAACUUGCUUGAGUUUCUGUCACAAAAAUAGGAAUUUUUAUUACUGAACCACUUGUCAGAGAGGGCUGUGGUGUAAGAGGGCUUUGAUUCCUUUAUCUGCCCAGAAUGAGUGGACCCAGAAUCCCAAACAUGGUGGUGAACUGAGAAUUCCAGUGUGGCAGCAUCUCUUAAACACAGUUUUUAUAGUUACUUUUCUUUCUAAAUGAAAAGGUGAAAGUCUCAUUUAAUGCUCUUAAAUUUGAGAGUAAAACCCAGGAUUUCUGGGUUGUCCUUCAAUGUGAAUGUAAGAAAUGGCAGAAUUCAGCUGUUCAGCUUACUAUUAACAAUGAGAAUUUUUGGGAAUGGCACCAGAAAUGCACAAAUCACUGUGUUUAAGAAGCUACAGUGUGUUUACCACUUACUGCAAAGAAUGUUUUAAUUGGAGCAGGUGCCUGUUGUGUGUCAGCAGGUGAUCAAUGCUUGCAUUCAGAGGGAGUUUUCUCAUUUCAUCUGACAGAAAUCACUUGCAAGAGUUUUCUAGGAAAGAGACUUGAAUAGCUGGGAAUUUAAAUCUGCCCAAAACCGGGGGAAAAAAAAAAGCACUGAAGUGUUGGACACUUAAAGUCACUGAGAGCAGCGUUUGUUCCGCUGAUCCACAGCAGGCACCUGCUUAAAAACCCAUAAAACUUGGGGUCAACAUAGCUUGUGAAAGCCAGCUUGGUUUGGGAAGCUUUUUGGGAAGAGCAUGCUAGGUGCACUUCCACUUUUCCUUGGAAAAUCACCGUGGUUCCACCUGCCACUGCCUGUUGUGCUGUGCUGGAGGGCGAGAAGGAACAGGCAAGGCUGUGUUUGACUCCAGGUUUUCUGGUUCCUUAUUUAAUGGAGCACCUGCUUCUUUGAAUCUGGUUUAUUUGUGGUUGCUGCUCUGUUUUGUAAGCAAGGAUUUUAACACCCUUUGAGGGUUCUUGUGGCAAAACUUUGGCAGCUUUUUCUUUUUGCCGGCACUGAAUUCCCGUGCUGCCAUCCCGGGUGCAGCCGGGCGGGCUGGGCUUUCCUCCUUGGUCUGAGGUGUUCCCCAUUGGAGUAACUGUCCACUGAAGCUGGCUUGGCCAGGGCUGAAGGUUUAGGAGCCUGUGGGUGAUACCACUGUGUGUAGAGCAAACCAGAUGUAGCAGUUGUUGGCUCUCUCCUUGUGUCUGGUGAGAGCUCAGUAUUCCCUCCCGACCUCGUGUGCAGCUGAUGUUCUUCUAUUUCAUGAGCGUGUUGAAUUAGCCUGGAAAAAGGAUGCCCUUUUCCUCAAUCAUUUCAUCUUUAUGCUUCGUGCUUUGGGGAAAGAACCUCAAAUGACUCGUAGUUUUGUUUGAGAUUUUAGUUUGUUGUUUUUAUUUCUUUCAAUUGGAAACUUUGUGCAACUCCCUUGGCCUCCGGCCAGUGGCUUUGUUUGUUCCCACAGGAACACCGAGGUUAUCCUCAAUCCAGAGGUUUUAGGGGCACAAAUACCGGCACAUCCUUGUCAGCCUCACAGAGAGAAAAGGGCAUUAUUGCCAGGCAGACAAACCUUGCCCUCUCUCUCUUUUGUUUCCUAUAAAGAUGGAAUAUUUUGGUGACAACUUUCUUGGCCUCUGUGGAGAGCCGAGUUUUACAAAGAACGAGUUUUAAUUUCUCGUGUGGGUUUGGGAACCCUCUGGUUGGUGGUAACUGAGGUGAAAGGCCUGAGGUAUUAAUGGGGAGGAGGAGUGAAUCAAAAUUGUGAAGACAAGUUCAAAAGCUCUGAGGACUCAGGGAAAAAUGGCUUGGAAAAUGGUAGUUCCUGGCUCUAAGCAAAACAGUGUUGAGAGCAGCGCUCCUGGGGAGUGCUGUGUGCCCAGAGGGGAAGAAAUGGUUGCCAUGUGGCUCUAGAGCUUUUGAGGUUCUUUCCCUUUUGUCCCCUUGUUUAUUUCUUUAUAGCACCGAAGGACAGAUAAUCUAAUGAUCGAUAGACUGAACGAUGAGGUGAUUUUUGUAUCAGGCUUAAAGCAGACCGGGUGGUGCAGAGAAUGGUUCAUUGAAUAUUCAUCUUCCUGCAGUUCUGAUUGUGUGAAAACGAUGGCUAGGAGAUAUGACUUGAAUAGUAACAAUUUUAAAUUAUAUUGGGUGUGUCUUUGAUUUGACCUUUUAAUAUUGGCACUGUCUGCUGUUAGAACUGCGCAGCAAAACGAGAGCAAAAGAGCUGUGUAACACUACAUUUCAUGGUUUUAUUGAUGAGUUUCCUUCAGGAAAUACCCAGCGAGGAAAGUCAACCAAAUUAGCAAGAAUUAGGUUGGUUUUUCUCCUGGUUAAUGAUUUUGAUGUGUUACUGCAAGUUGAGUAAUCAUCAGUCCUGUAAGCCUAGUUUAAUCCUGGUCCAAAAUAGCCCUGCACUACUUGUUUUGCAUCUGUCCCUAGAAGGUGACUUCAUUCCGAGGUUUCAUGCCCAUGGGUGGUUUUGGUGCUUUUUGAAGUCCAAAUAGAAUAUUCAGAAAGGCCUCGUAGCUCUUUACGUUCAUGUGUAUAAUGUAGGGAGGGGAGAAACCCAGAUCUGGUGUACACAUUUGUAUUGAAAUAACAUUUUUUUUUCCUCCUGCAAGCAAAUCUGGUGGACUGCAGAAGACAACCGCAAUGGAUACCAAGCUCUAAUGGACCUUUGGGAAGAGAAGCUGUGGCUUAUGUGGAAUUUACAUGGGCCUCCUGGUGGAAGAAAGCUUAUCUGUUUAGUAUUUGUGCAUUUUACUAAAAUGGCAGCUUUAAAAAAAAAAAAAAAAAAAAGUUGUGUAUCUGCUAUUGUGAUGCCAAUGCCCGUGUUUUAAGUGGAAAAAAAAAAAUGACCUCUUUGCUUUGUGCUGUGUACACAAGAUUGCUGGAAAAGUAAAGGAAUACCCUUUUUAUGGCUCACACAGCUUAAAAGUAGCUGUCACUCAAACAUGCGCUCACAGUUGAGCUGAUUUUGUUUCAUUCUAAAUAAAUUGUUUCUUUUGAGGAAAAUGGUUUUUCUGCCUGGAAGUGAAUUGACGACAAACGUUUGGCCCCUGUGUUGGCAGCGGAGGGGUUCCUGCUGCUGCUGCCCAAUUGAGCUGAUAGUUGUGGGUCUUGAGCAAGAAGCAGGGAGAGCACCGACACUUUGGCGUUGAUCGACCUGUGGUACCAGUCGGAAGAAUUGUGCCUGCUGGCCCUGCUGUGGCCCCCGUGUUUGCAGUGAAAAAGGGGUCACUUGCUGCGUUUCUCCUCAGCGGGACGGGGCAGCCGUGCUGCUGCUGGCACACAAGAAGCAGGGGAGCACCGCCCUGCGCCUCGGAACGGUGGCCAAGUCUGGGGCUUCGCUGGUUGGAAGAGCUGGAGUUCCUGAAUUUUAAGUUUCUGAUUUAUUUUGUUCACCCAACGUGUUUGCCUUUAGUUUUGAUUCUUGGUUUUUUUUUUUAAUUUUGAAGAAAAAAAGUUUUGAAAUUGCUUUGAAUCUUGCACGUAAAACCUUUGCACCAAAAUUGCCAAAAGAAAAAGAGAAAUGAGUCCUUAAAAGUGUUUAAAUGCUGUUAAUAAAGCCUUUCCUGCCGUACGCGAGGCGCUCCUCCAUCUCCAGGGGCUUUUCAGCAGUUGUGGGUUUAGUGCUGAAUGGAUGAAGAGUUCCUGAGAGCUGGAGGCGGUAAUUUAAACCUUUGCGUGGUGUCUCAGUGCCUUAUUUUGACCGGUUUUGAAGCCAGUGGUUCCUCACGCCUCGGAUGUGCAUGUGCCCUGCUCGCGUCCCGGCCCCGCCGCGCGCUCCGUGCAGUCGCUCCCGGUGUAGUACAGACGGGGAGAGAAAGAGCCGGAGGCGGCCCGAGAACGUUGUGUGCUGUAGUUCUCCUGUCCCGGGGGCUCCUGAGCUUUGGAAGGCUGUUCCCGUGCAGGAGCACAACUCCGUGUUUGCUGCAGGAGACUUCCUGAGGACCGCGGCCGUCGAGAGGAAGCUGCCACUGCUGCAUCGCCGGCUUCGGGAGCUCCCGCGUUUGUGCUCGUGGUAGAAUUCUUGUGACGUGCCACCAAGACGCCUUGAACGGCAGCUUGCCCUGUUUGCCUUGACAUUAACUCCAUGGAUAACCCCCUGCAGCCAGGCAGGAUCUUUGCUAGGCUGCAGAUGCCUCUCAGCCGACGGAUGCUGUGGUUGCGCUCUGCAAGGUGUCUGUUCCCGGGGCAAAGCGCUGUGUAAAUCCCUAAAACAGCACGAGCUGUGAGCAGAGAAGUGACCACCAGCCCUUACCCUGGGCCUGCUCCGUGGAAGGACAAAGCUUUGAAGAGUCUUCACCCCGCUCCCAUCACUGGCAGGAUGGUGCAGGGCUCCUGGGAGCAGUUUCUCAUUGUGGGCAUUGGUUUCCUCAACAAUUCUGGCUAGACAAGAGGUCCUCUGCACCUGUGCCUGGGAGGUGGAAUGGCCCCAGUGCAGCAUCCUUCCCUCAGAGAGGGGACCAGGAGCAGCUGAUCCUCAUGGAAGCAUCACCCUGAUCUCCCUUCCUGGAGCAGCUGAUCCUCAUGGAAACAUCACCCUGAUCUCCCUUCCUCCAGCAGCUGAUCCUCAUGGAAACAUCACCCUGAUCUCCCUUCCUGCAGCAGCUGAUCCUCAUGGGAGCAUCACCCUGAUCUCCCUUCCUGGAGCAGCUGAUCCUCCUGGAAGCAUCACCCUGAUCUCCCUUCCUGGAGCAGAUGAUCCUCAUGGAAGCAUCACCCUGAUCUCCCUGCAGCAGCUGAUCCUCAUGGAAGCAUCACCCUGAUCUCCCUUCCUGCAGCAGCUGAUCCUCAUGGAAACAUCACCCUGAUCUCCCUGCAGCAGCUGAUCCUCAUGGAAGCAUCACCCUGAUCUCCCUUCCUGGAGCAGCUGAUCCUCAUGGAAACAUCACCCUGAUCUCCCUGCAGCAGCUGAUCCUCAUGGAAACAUCACCCUGAUCUCCCUUCCUGCAGCAGCUGAUCCUCAUGGAAGCAUCACCCUGAUCUCCCUGCAGCAGCUGAUCCUCAUGGAAACAUCACCCUGAUCUCCCUUCCUGGAGCAGCUGAUCCUCAUGGGAGCAUCACCCUGAUCUCCCUUCCUGGAGCAGCUGAUCCUCAUGGAAACAUCACCCUGAUCUCCCUUCCUGCAGCAGCUGAUCCUCAUGGAAACAUCACCCUGAUCUCCCUUCCUGCAGCAGCUGAUCCUCAUGGAAACAUCACCCUGAUCUCCCUUCCUGGAGCAGCUGAUCCUCAUGGGAGCAUCACCCUGACCCCUGUCCCUGCCCUUGCACCCCUCCC